AUGGCCAAUCUCACCGUGGUGACAGGAUUCCUUCUCAUGUGCUUUUCCAACAUCUGGGAGCUACAGGUCCUAUAUGCCAUCCUCUUCUUGCUGAUCUACCUAGUGGCUCUGCUGGGUAAUAUACUUAUUUGCACUGUCAUCUCUCUUGAUGGGAAACUCCAUACUCCUAUGUAUUUCUUCCUAAAGAACCUGUCUUUUUUAGAUCUCUGCCUUAUUUCCACCACAGUUCCCAAAUCAAUUGCAAACUCUCUAAGUCGCAGCUGCUCCAUUUCUUUAUUGGGGUGUGUGUCACAGCUCUUUUUAAUGAUGUUAUUUACAGCAUCUGAGCUUUUUCUCCUCACAGUGAUGUCCUACGACCGCUAUGUGGCCAUUUGUCAGCCCCUGCACUAUGAAGUCAUCAUGACAAGAAGGGCUUAUGUGAAAAUGGCAGCUGCUUCAUGGUUCAGUGGAAGUUUGUUUGGGGCCUUGUAUUCAGCUAGUACAUUCACUUUGUUCUUCUGUGGCUCCAGGGAGAUCCACCAGUUCUUCUGUGAUGUCCCUCCCUUGCUCAGGAUCUCCUGCUCUGAAACACACCUUGCAGUUGAUGUUACUAUGGCUUUUGGGUUUGGUUUAGGGAUUUUCUGCUCUAUUUACAUCACAAUCUCUUAUAGUCACAUCUUCUCAACUGUACUGAAGAUUCCAACCAGAGAGGGUAGGUCAAAAGCCUUCUCUACUUGCCUGCCCCACCUCAUAGUUCUCAUGGUUUUUAUCACAACAGGUGCCAUUGCUUAUCUAAAGCCACCCCAGGAAUCUGACUCAGUUCUAGAUUUGUUGUUGCCCAUGUUCUAUACUGUGGUGCCCCCAACCAUGAACCCAGUCAUCUAUAGUCUGAGGAACAAGAACAUGAAGACUGCUUUGAUGAAACUCAUAGCCUGGGAAUACUUCUCACAGGGAAUACCAAAGUCUUUUGCAUGA